AUGCCGCCCAAGAGAAAGCGCGCUGAGGAGGAGCAGGAUGCUGUCGAGGGCCAUUCCACCGAUUCGACCCUUCGCAAGCUCCCCAUCGAACUGCGCUUCCUCGUCUACCACCAUACCUGGGAGCCUCGUGAGGUGACCAUCCGUAAGCCAGGUUUCAAGAACAACUUACCCGCGACGCUAUUUGUCGACAAGGAAAGUCGUCGUGAGACCUUGAGACAGUAUCAUCUGUAUAUUACCAAGUACAUUUUCCCAGUGGAACGCAAGUAUGGCUAUAUCAAUCCCAAUCUGGACACACUCCAUGUCCGCAUGCCUCGGACCUUUCCGCCUAUGCGUCACCCUCUUGAGAUAUGUAUCCCAACCUUGUUGGAGAUUGGAAAGCCGGUCCUGAGUGUUUGCCUGAAUCCGGGCACAAUGGACGAAUUGCCGGCCAAGAAAUGGCUUUUUGAGAGAUCGGGGCUCAGGGGUAUCAUUGCGGAGGUGGAUAUUGCUGCAACUCGUCCACCUCGUGGUCCUAGGUACGCUACGAUAUAA